AAAAUACAAAAUCCUCCGCCUCUUCCUCGGAAAACGGAACUGAGGUAAGAGUGUUUUUUUUCUUCUCUCCUCGAGCCGUCUGUCCUCCAUGACACUUUGGAAGUGAACUUCAGCGAACUAUCCAAAAACUUUUUCCUUCAAAAUUAUCCGAAAACGCUCUCAAAGUUAUCUCGGGAAGCCGCCACGUACGUCGACGACGACGCGCACGCUAGCGGCCGUGUUGGGCACGCGCACGUCGUGGAGCGCGAGGCAAGCGUGGACAGAGAUGUAGUGUGUGUGGCCCAUCAUGCACCUCUUCCUGCUGCUCAUCCUUCACGCCGCAGCAGCCGUCGCACAAGUUGACCCAGCACACUGUCGCUAUGCCCUGGGCAUGGAGGAUGGGCGGAUCAAGGAUGAUGACAUCACAGCAUCCAGCCAAUGGCACGAGACCACAGGACCGCAGUACGCAAGGUUGAACCGCGAGGACGGCGACGGUGCCUGGUGUCCUGAAGGCCAACUGGAAGCGUCCGACUCUCAGUUCCUGCAGGUGGACUUGCGCCAUCUGACCUUCCUGACAGUGGUGGCCACGCAGGGACGCUACGCGCGCAACGGCAUUGAGUUUGCGCGAGCAUAUAGCUUAAACUACAGCAGGGACGGAGUCAUAUGGAAGUCAUGGAGGAACCGCCUGGGAAGCACGGUAAUGGAGGGCAACAAGAAUGCGUACGCGCCUGUCAUCAAUGACCUUCACCCUCCGGUUGUGACUCGAUGGGUCCGCUUGAUUCCUCUCACUGAGCUGUCCACUGUCUGCAUGCGGGUGGAGCUGUACGGCUGCCCCUGGGAAGAUGGUCUGAUCUCGUACAGUGCCCCCGAGGGACAGCAGAUGAUGCAACCUGGCUUUUCCACCGCCAUCCUCAACGACUCCACCUACGACGGCACCCACCAGAAGAGGAAAUUGUCCGGUGGUCUGGGCCAGCUUACAGAUGGCGUGAUAGGGCUGGACGACUUCCUGUUGACGCGUCAGUACCACGCAUGGCCAGGGUAUGACUACCUGGGCUGGAGGAAUGUUUCGAUGGGACCAGACCACACCGUGGAGAUGGAAUUUGUCUUUGACCAACAGAGGAACUUCACCUCCAUGAAGGUUCAUAGUAACAACAUGUUUUCCCGCGGCAUAAAGAUCUUCUCAUCGGUGUCCUGCUGGUUCAAGCCCCGGCCCUCGUCCAUGUGGGAGGCAGAACCUGUGGUGUUCCACACAGUUCUAGACGACCGGAACCCGAGCGCUCGCUACGUGACCGUGCCACUGGAACGCCGCGCCGCCACUGCACUGCGAUGCCGCUUCGCCUUCGCAGACACCUGGAUGAUGUUCAGCGAGGUCUCCUUCCAGUCAGAAGACACGUCAAUGUCGGUGACUCCACCGUCCGUCAGCGAGUCUAGCACAGCCCCGCCCAUAUCAGCCGCUGUCCCGUCUGCCAGCGCGACCCCCGACAACGGCAACGCGCCCGUUCUGAUUGGCUGCCUGGUAACCAUCAUCUUGCUGCUGGUCAUCAUCAUCUUUCUCAUCCUGUGGUGUCAGUAUGUGUGUAAAGUUCUGGAGAAGGCUCCCCGAAGGAUCCUGGGCGAGGAGGUGACUGUGCGACUGUCGUCCUGCAGCGACACCAUCAUCCUGCAAACCCCCCCUGUGCCACCCCGCUCUGGACACGCCCCAGGAGGCCUGGCCCAGUCAGACCCCCACUAUGAGCGAGUCUUCCUGUUGGACCCUCAGUACCAGAACCCUGAGACAUUCCGGAACAAACUGCCUGAACUCUCACAGAGCGCCGAAGCCUCAGCGUGCGGCGGCGGGUACGCUGAGCCCGACGUGACGCAGUGCACGCCGCACCAGUGUUUCCAUAGCAACGCGCCGCACUACGCCGAGACGGACAUCGUGCGUCUGCAGGGCGUGACGGGCAGCAACAUGUACGCCGUGCCCGCCCUCACCGUCGACUCACUGACGCGCAAGGACAUCUCCGCCUCUGAGUUCCCGCGCCAGCAGCUGCUCUUCCGCGAGAAGCUCGGCGAGGGACAGUUCGGUGAGGUGCACCUGUGCGAGGCCCAGGGGCUAGCCACCUUCCUGGGGGAGAACGAAGAGGAGGAGGAAGGAGGCGUAGCCGGACGGGACCGAAUUGGGUGCGCCACAUUGGUGGCAGUCAAGCAGCUACGGGCAGACGCCACCAGCCAGGCCAGGAAUGAUUUUCUGAAAGAGAUCAAGAUCAUGUCGCGGCUGAACGAUGCCAACAUCAUCCAACUGCUGUGCGUGUGCGUGACGUCCGACCCGCUGUGUAUGGUGACAGAGUACAUGGAGAACGGCGACCUUAACAUGUUCCUGUCACAGCGUGAGAUGGAGAGCACGCUCACGCAUGCCAACAACAUACCCUCCGUCAGCCUGGCGGACCUGCUGCACAUGUCGGUGCAGAUCUCGUCGGGCAUGAGGUACCUGGCCUCCCUGAACUUUGUCCACCGCGACCUGGCGACCAGGAACUGCCUGCUGGACCGCCGCCUCACCAUCAAGAUCGCCGAUUUCGGGAUGAGCCGAAACCUCUACAGCAGCGACUACUACCGCAUCCAAGGCCGCGCCGUGCUGCCCAUACGCUGGAUGGCCUGGGAGAGCAUCCUGCUGGGCAAGUUCACAACUUCCAGCGACGUGUGGGCGUUCGGGGUGACCUUGUGGGAGAUCUUCACGCUGUGCAAAGAGCAACCUUACAGCCUGCUGACUGACCAACAGGUCAUAGCCAACACUGGAGAGUUCUUCAGGAACCAGGGCAGACAGGUGUUCCUGUACGCUCCUCCGCUCUGCCCCCCCUCCCUCUUUGAGCUGAUGAUGCAUUGCUGGAGGCGGAACAUCCCGGACAGACCCUCCUUUGAGGGGCUCUACCAGGCCCUCAGGCCCCACGUCAACCAAUGACCAGGACUGGGACCAGGAGGACCACCCCCACGACCUGACUCAGGUUAAGAGGAGAUAAAUGGAAGUCCGGGGAGAAACAUUUCAAACUUUUCCCACUUUUGUUCAGCAAAACAUUAUCUUUUUAUCUUUUUUCCUCACCUUUUUGGCCUUCAAAAACCUUUUUCUCAUUCCUGUGGUCCUUCUUAUAAAGAAAGCACUGUGUGUGUGUGUGUGUGUGUGUGUGUGUGUGUGUGUAUGCGUGUGCAUGUGUGUGUGUGUGUGUGUGUGUGUGUGGCGCGCGUGUAUACGCUUCCUGUCCGUUACAAGUACUUCCUGUUUGUGUUCUAAGCACACUGGAGCUCAGAGGAUGGUCAAAGUUCGAAGUUUUAUUUUAUUUUAUUGUAUCACUUUGUUGUUGUCAUUAUUGUUUAACAAACACCCACUUAGGAGCAACACAUUCCACUUUGUAUGUUCUGAGCGUGCCAAAUGAACACGUGACUAUGAAUGUUUACAAAUCUGAUCAUUUAAACUUUAUGAGCAAAAAACACAAAUGUUGUGUAUUUGUGUCACAAAUGCACAAUAAUCCAGCAAAUGUUACGUAAUUUAUUCAUUAGCUGGCAACAACACGCACAUGCAAGCUCAGACUAGCGACUAUCUUACAGCCAAUUGGUUAGCAAAGACAAAUUCAACAGGAUGCUAAUCUUUUGUUGUUCUUUUGACUCCAUUUCCUAACGCUGUGGCUAGUGGCUAGGUUGUUAGCCACAACAAAUUCAAUGUGAUGCUAACUUUUUGACUCGAUCCUUUUGUUCUUUUGACUGAAUUUUACUAGCGCACACACUAGCUCAGGCUAGUGGCUAGCUUCACAGCUAGCUUGCUAGCAACGCAAAUUCUUUUGACAAAAUUUUCUAGCGUACAUUCAAUUGCAGGCUACUGGCUAGCUUCAUUGCUAGCUUGUUAGCACUGACAAAUUCAUCGUGACGCUUACCGGUUGUCCUUUCAACUUAAUUUCCAAUGUCACACCCUGGCUCAGGCUAGUUUCUAGCUUGUUUUCUGCGUAAAAUUCAAUGUGAUGCUAACCCAUUGUUACUUUGACUCCAUUGUUUAGCGCAUGUGCUAGCUCAGGGUAGUGGCUAGCUUAACAGCUAGUGUGUUAGCAAUGACAAAUUCUUUGGACUCAAUUUCCUAGUGCACACGGUAGCGCAGGCUAGUAGUUAGCUUAAUUGCUACAUUGUUUCCAACGACAAAUUCAACGUGGUGCUUCCUUUGUGUGUCGAAGUUUGACUUUUUGUGUUCUUUUUGUUCGCCUUUAGCCAACCAGCUUGAUGACGUUAGCAUUCACACGUCCAGAUAUUUCAAAAACAAAAAGUCGUAAGCGAUAGCAAACAUUCCCUUUAAGCUAAAAGAGUCGACUACUGGAGUUUUUACACACAGACUCUCUCACACACACACACACACACACACACACAAACAUUCUUGGUAGCAUCAGCAUUAGCGGCUAAAAAGCUGCUAGCUCACUUACUAAGUGGAUAUUUCAGCCUUUUUGUGACCUGUUUUCAUACUUUUUUGUCAAACAUUUAUUUAACAUAAAACAUAAUUAUCCUGAUGUGGAAAAAAAUACCACAUUUCUGUUAGCUUUUUUUUUGUUAGAACUUUUUGCUGUUAAUGCUUUUGUCUUAUUUUUGUGUGUUUUCAACCAUAGUUUUGGGAUGCCGCUGGUUCAUGAGAGAUAGACUGAAUGCUAUGCUAAAUGCUAUAUGAUAUGUUAAAUGCUCCAUGCUAAAUUUCAAGAAGCAAGGAAACCACUAAAGUCAAGUCCAUCUCUCAGAAUGCUUUGGUUCAGUGAGCGUGUAGCUGAGUGAAUGCUAGAAAUGGGUAACUGCCUGUCAAUAAAACCUACAUAGCAUUUUUUGGUUUCUAUCAUUUAGAUUAUUUGCAGCGUUACGUUAUGUGGUCCACACAUUUUUUUGUACAUAGAGCAUUUUUAAUAUAUCACCACAAGAUUUGUAAUAUGCCAUCCUGGUUUUGAAUAAAUGAGUGACGCCACCCACAGGUAGUUUGCCUCAUU